CCAGCGCGCCCAGAACUGCGCCGGCGGCGCCCAGAGGGCUGGAGGACGCGGCGACCGGGUUCCGCGGCUCGCACCGCGGCCUCACGCGGAACUUUUUAUCGCCUUUGGGUUCCAGAUGUGAGACUUGGGACUGGUUUAUAAAUACGUCCGUACAUAUGUGUGAGCUAAUAAAACAUUUUCUCUUCUUGAAGCGGGAGCGUUUUUACGACAGCUCCUUGAUGUCAGAGCCACUUGCCGCCUUCUUUGGGUUAUAAACUUUUGAUGCCAGACCGCUGCAGAACGUGCCCAACUGAAUCUUAAAGUAGCAUCUUGAAGAGAGAGGCAGAGAAAGCGCAAUCUGUGACCUUCCUCCUUGCACCUUCCUUCCUCCUCGCCCUCCCUCUUCCCUGGGGAGCAUCGAGAAAGCUCUUCCUGGAUCGGGAGGGGGCAUCUGGUUCCGCUGGGCUGGAACGCUGAGGCAGGACCCGGGAAGAAUUAUUAGACUCUGGAGAGCCCGACUCGCCGCCCUCGCCCCUCGGCUCCCGCCGCGCGCUCUUCCCUUCCUCCCCACGCCACUUCCUGAGACCGGCUGGUGCGCGCACGGGGCGGGGGACCAGGACCUGCCGCGGCCGCCGAGUUCUGGGAAGUUGUGGCAGUCGAGGAUGGGGGUCUGUGGGUACCUGUUCCUGCCCUGGAAGUGCCUCGUGGUCGUGUCUCUCAGGCUGCUGUUCCUUGUACCCACAGGAGUGCCCGUGCGGAGCGGAGAUGCCACUUUCCCCAAAGCGAUGGACAACGUGACGGUCCGGCAGGGGGAGAGCGCCACCCUCAGGUGUACCAUAGAUGAUCGGGUCACUCGGGUAGCCUGGCUAAAUCGCAGCACAAUCCUCUAUGCUGGGAAUGACAAGUGGUCCAUAGACCCUCGUGUGAUCAUCCUGGUCAACACACCAACCCAGUACAGCAUCAUGAUCCAAAACGUGGAUGUGUAUGACGAAGGUCCGUACACCUGCUCUGUGCAGACAGACAAUCAUCCCAAAACUUCUCGGGUUCACCUCAUAGUGCAAGUCCCUCCACAGAUCAUGAACAUCUCCUCAGAUGUCACUGUGAAUGAGGGAAGCAGCGUGACCUUGCUGUGUCUUGCUAUUGGCAGGCCAGAGCCAACUGUGACGUGGAGACACCUGUCAGUCAAGGAAGGCCAGGGCUUUGUGAGUGAAGACGAAUACCUGGAAAUCUCUGACAUCAAGCGUGACCAGUCCGGGGAGUAUGAAUGCAGUGCCCUGAAUGAUGUCGCUGCGCCAGAUGUGCGGAAAGUAAAGAUCACUGUCAACUACCCUCCCUAUAUCUCAAAAGCCAGGAAUACUGGUGUCUCCGUGGGUCAGAAGGGCAUCCUGAGCUGUGAGGCCUCUGCAGUUCCCAUGGCUGAGUUCCAGUGGUUCAAGGAAGAUACCAGGUUAGCCACUGGCCUGGAUGGAGUGAGGAUUGAGAACAAAGGCCGCAUAUCCACUCUGACUUUCUUCAAUGUCUCAGAGAAGGACUAUGGAAACUAUACCUGCGUGGCCACCAACACGCUUGGAAACACCAAUGCCAGCAUUACAUUGUAUGAAAUAAGCCCCUCAUCAGCAGUGGCAGGGCCUGGAGCAGUCAUUGAUGGUGUAAACUCGGCCUCUAGAGCGCUGGCUUGUCUCUGGCUCUCAGGGACCCUCUUUGCUCACUUCUUCAUCAAGUUUUGAUAAGAAACCAUAGUUCCUCUGAGCAACGUCUGCUUCUCCAUAUCACAGACUUUAAUCUACACUGCGGAGGGCAAACCAGUUUGGUCUUUUGUUUCUUUCUGUUCUCCUUGAUUUUUGGGGGGGUAUUUGGAUUUUGAGUUUUUUCCGGUUGGAAUUAGUAGGGUUGGGGGGAGGGGUGGGCAGUGUUCUACCAUGUGUAGGAUAAUCAUUCAUUCACUGGUGUGUCCAAAAAUGGAAUCUGCUCCUGCUACCUUGGCCCUUCCUUUUCCUCUACUUCUCUUCCUAUUAUCAUUACCACCGAUCUACACACACUCACAUACACACACCCCAAACCAUAAGUUCCAUACGGGCAGAAAAAUGUGUUUCAUGACAAACAACCUGAAGACACAAGUUACUCAUAAUGUGCACAGCAAGAGUCACAUCCAUGUGUCCUAUUUUCUGUGUCUUUUAAGCUUUUAUUCAUUUUCCCGAAUGUAAUGUACAUCUCUUUUCUUCCAUGUUUAUUACCUAAUUUUAUAAGGGUUCACAUAUUUUAUAGUUACCUCACUAUACUAUAUGUGUAUGCACAUACAUAUAUAAAAUCUUGCCAUCUUCGCCAGCCACUCUGUCCUAUUCAUUUCUUCCACUGACUGCGGGGAUUAGAGGAUUGGGCUGUGCAUGCAACCCACAACUAAAAAUUUAGAAAAACAAAAACAAAAAGGGGAGAAGCAUAUUAAGAAUAGUACUUCUCUUUUAAAAAUGCUGGGCAACUCAUAAAAAUGAUAAAUAGAUGGAUGGUUAUUUAGGUUUUAUCAAGCUAUCUAUCAAAGUAAUCAUGUGAUUAUGCAUCGACUCAAUUGUCUGAUUUAUUUCUACAUCCAAUUAUCUACCCACCUGUCUUUCUAACAGUCUCUUUAGUGUUUAUCAAUCUAUCAAUGUAAUUAUCUAACAUUUCUUUCUAUUUCUCUCCUUGAUACUCAUUACCAAUUCAUCAUCAUAUUAAUCUCUAAUCAUGUUGUGUGUAUCUAUCCCAUUAUUUUCAUUUCUUCUCUACCAUCAGUAGACAUUGGCAUCUUCAAAAUUGCAUAUCAACAUCUCAUAUGAAAGCCAAUGAUCUCACAGGCUAACAACACAGAAAAGCAAUACCCUGUGUCGUUGACUCUGGAAUAUGGUAACCCAUCCACCCAGAUUAGAUGCUGUUACCAGACGGACCAAAGUAGCAAUAUAAAUAUCAGUCACUCACUGUUUCCAGAGGAGACUGUUUCCUGAAACCGCGAGAAGACCAUUAGCCCUGGAGAAGCCUCGAUGAGCACUGAAUUUCUUCUUGCAUAAUUGAAGGAUUAAGGUACCAAGCUCUAUGCUUCUAUCAGCCUUUCAUGAAAGCACAUGUCAGGAGAAUACAGGACCUUCUUCAAUGCUGGCUUUCCUCACUAGAGAGAAAGUGAAAGAAAACACCUCUCUUUUUGCAAUGUAAAAACGGCAGUCCAUGCUCCCAAGUGCAAUGACUACAGCUAAGCAGCUCUAUUCUGCUCCAGUUCUGGUUUGAUCUGUUUGAAAACUACCCAGUAAAAAGCUGAUAGAGGCCAAUUACAUGGCGGGUGUGUUGACAACUGUGGUAUUUGUUUCAGAAAGCUCUUCUGAGCUGAGGGCACUUGAGCAACUGACUUAAUUUCCAAGCACUUGAUUAACACAACACUGCAAACAGAAGGGGAAAAGUGUAAGUGACACAAUUUCCUCUGAUGCAAGCUGCUUCUCAAGGGGCUUUGGGAAGGAAUGUCCCCAGCUUCUUAGGUUCAAAACAGAUCUGGCUUAAAAAGAGGCGUGGACACAGUCUUUCUGCAUGGUCUCCUGGGACAAGAAGGACUCAAUCAGCAAGGGAGCAGGGAUUCAGAGAAGCAGCAGUGGAAGCUGCACUGUGUUGUGCUGCAGAGAGUUCCCUGCUGAAGGAUGAGAAUAAAGUACAAUAGUGAUAUUCCUACAGACCUACCCUGCCUUCGCUGGAAAGCCUUUCAGGUCCACAUUCUAAGAAAUAAUAAAUACAAGCUCCAUAGAGUUCUAUUUCCUUGAUGCUUAAGUGUUCUUCCUUCAGUAUAAGUGGCCUUUCUGUGUUUGUCACUAUUGCAACAUGAACAUAACAUGACAGCUGCGGUGUCGAAAUAUACAUAUUCAUAUAUAUAUAUAUAUAUAUAUAUAUAUAUAUAUAUAUAUGCCCAGGCUAUUUUGUCAAACAAAAAGUUAGGCAUUGUCAUUAGAGGUAGAAUUGAUGUGGACAAAAUCAAUAGUAUACUUGCCAGCUGUGAAUGGACAUCUGCAUUACCUAGUGUACUGCUGAGGAGCAAGAUUCGGGGAACAUAAUUGAUGUGCCAAAAUCAAGUGGCAGACAUGAGCAGGAGCAUGCACCAAGUCAGAAUUUAAGGUUGGGCAUAAAUGUUUCAGAUCUAUCAAAACACUCAACAUCUGGAGUUGAGUUGGUUUCAGAAAUUGCAUGAGAAGUAAAUGCAUCAUUUGAAGGUUCCACUGAUACUAAGUUUGUUACUUUGAAAUAAGGUAAAUGUGGAGGCUGCAUGAUGAUGGGGAACAUGGUGCUUGAAACGGACAAGUUGUGCCUGUUUCUCACUCCAAGAUGCAUUCUAAAGUAAGGGGGUUGUCCUCCUUUGGGCAACCAGAUCAUCAAAACCUUGCAAACCCCACAAGGCUGGUCUCAGGGUCACUAAGGAUGGAACUGUGCUCUGUCCCCUUCCACUAGAUGCUAGGAAGCAUCUCUGGUGAUUACCUAUUCCUGUCAUGAUUCAGAGAGAAAAGCAUGCUACGGUCAGCCUCCCCUUGUUUGGGAUACAGCAAAUCAAGUGUAUAAAACCCAAGAAGAGUGGGAUACUGGGCAUGCAAGGGACUCUUCUUCACAACAGACAUAUUCCAGGUUCUGUGUCAUUUGAGUGACUUUGGUGGGGACGGCUCCAUAUGACAGUAGCUGUUACCCAACAUCUUGAAGCAAACAGAAGAGCAAAUGUUUAUUAAAGACAACAUCCACACUUACAUAUGCUUUUCCAGCAGUACACAUGGAGGGUGGGUGGAUAAGGCCUGCUGGACAGAUUUUUUCAGGGUGUCAACGGUGGGGGCAGGGCGGGGGUACAGGCAGGAAAGAGAAAUAAGUCUGAGCAACCUGGAGCUCGCUGUGAGUUUUUCACAUGGGUAGAAAACCAAAUAAGGCUGAGGUGAGAGGAAUUCAGCAACAUGGCAGUUAUUCCGAAGCCCUUCCCCUUCUCGAGACAGAGUUCAUAUGUAUUCCACCAAAGUAACGCCAAUGAAAGUGCUAGUGUUAAGGCUUCAACCAAGCUUGUUAUUUCCCUAGUUUAAUGUCAAGUGCCUGAUACAGUCAUCUGCAAGUCUAAACAAGUGUAUUUAGUUUUUCUCAUUCUUGUUUUAAUUGAGGAGGGUGGAGAUGGAGGGGAGUGGUUGUGAAAACAUGCACACAUUUUAUGCACAGAGUAGUGCACCUGUCUUUGACUGUAACUGUGCUCAGUUGAACAGAAGGAAAGAGAAGGCUUUGGGUAGCAGAGGUGCCUGGGCAUCUUCCUCUGAAAUCCACUCCUCUUCACAUGUUGGUUAGUUAGUUCACACAACCUCAUGUGAAGUGUGCUUAAAGUCUCUAGUAGUCACACACCAGGGGCUGAGUUUGAGCAUCUGUUUCUGUAGCAAUCCGGUUAGCAUAUUCUCAACAAAGAUCAGUUAGCAAGUUCUACUUAUAUUGGAAGAACUAUUACACUGAAGGAGCAGAGAACCCCUAAGUGGGCAGCUGAUCCCAUAGACAGUCCAUUAUAGCCCUUGCCUCAGGAGCAGCUAGAAACCGAAUCCGGUUUGACUAAGUACUGAUGGUUGAUGCUUCUGGUCCAGUGGUCACAUCUUCUCUGUUAUUGUAUGUGGCUGUCACCAGUCGCAUCAUAGAAGGAGGAAUGGAGGAUGGUUUAAGAUGAGGGGAGAUCUGGUGAAGGGGGUGUCUUCCCCAGUUGACCCUGAGUUCUCACCAGGGCAAGAAAAAUCCACUUUGCAAUACCUAGAAGCAGCCAAAAAAAAGUUUAGUUUCUUAGGGGAAGCAACAUAAAACUUUUUGUUGGAAAAAUGCAUUUUAUUUUCUUUCUUCUCCAGCAGCAAGAACUUUUGUUUAUGUUUUGCACAAUCCCUAUUCCUCAUAUCCACUUGCUUCCUGUCCUAUUAUGCAAGGAUUCCCUGUCUCUUUCUUUUAAAACAAAUAUGUUUGAGUAGUUACAGUAAAACUUCACAGGUGUACAAGUAGGAAGACAAUGUUUUUAUAAAGAUAUCAUAUGAUGAGAACUCUUAAUGAUCAUUAAAAGCAAACAAAUAAAAAUGCCAGUCUCAUUUCCCUCAUUUCUUACUUAAGAGAAGAGAAGUAAAUGAAAGGAGGAAGAAAUAGAUUUGCAAUUAAAAGAUGUGGCAACACGAUAUAGCUGAUCCAGUGCAAUUUAGCCUUCAGGUGCAGAACACUUGGAGUCCAAAGGAAAGUGGAGUGGACUUAAUUAGAUGCAAUUGUCUUCAUCCUGAAACUAGUCAGCUAAGCCUAAUUUCCAGCAGUUUGAAAGAGAUUCCUUUUUGUUUCUUUCAGCGGUGCCCUUUCAAGGCACAUAGUUGUUCCACACCACUAGGUGAAUAAAGAAAGAUUGUGACCCCUGUACCACACUGGUGGGGCUGCAUCCUAUGUUAUUUGGCAGAUUUAUAAGGAUAUCAGUAAUAACAAUGAUAAGUAAUAAUAGCUGCCCUUGUGUUAGUUAAAGGGAGCAUUUUUAAUCAUUUCAGAAAUUUUUGUGACACGUAAAGUGCAGUUGUGAGGAAUGUGUGGGUGUACAAAAAUGUAUCUGUCAAGUUCAGAGUCCUCUAGAUUAAAAAAUAUAUAUAUGACUUAUCAAUGGUGCCGUUAUAGCUGUGUCAAACAAUGGGUGUGCCCAUUUUCACAAUUACCCUUCAAACAAAUCUAUGUUCAAAUGCUUUAAAAUUUAUCACACAAUACAAGAGUAUGACUUUGUCAGCCUUCUAGAGUUAUUUUUCUUUUUCUUUUUUCUUAUUUUUUCCUUCAAAAUUUAAUGAAGACUUGAUUUCUGUCAAUAAUUGUAUUAAGGGUGAAUAUACUACCUGAAUUUUGUGCAUGUUACAUUGUAGUUGUAACCUUUUCUAAUUCGGGAUGAAUACAAGAUGGUUGUGAUUGUGCAGUGUAUCAAUAAAGUUUGAAGAAGUUUGUAACUUUUA